AGGCUGCCGAGCAGUCCGCGGGCCCCUGCAGAGAGAGCGGCGCAUCUGGAGGAGUGCUGGCCGGCUGGGGAGGAGGAGGACGGGGAGAGAAGAGGAAGGAGGCUCCGGGAGCAAGCGAGACAAAAAAGGGUCAGGCCUGGGACUUGGCAAAACGGGAGUACAGAAAGAAGACGAAGGAUCAUCGUUCAGUUUUAUUUUGUUUUUUUAGUUGAUUUUCACCUGAAACUCAUCUACUUUUGCCGCCUGACGUUACCCAUAAGCCCCCAUAGACUCUUGGCGAUGCCAUCCAACACUGUCAUGAACACCGCUGCAUUCAAAAGCUCAGACUACGAUGAUUCACCUGCAAACACGAGGGGUGAGAGCACGAUACUGGAAAAAAAAAUGAUAACAGAGGAGAAGUCUGCCAAAAGUAGUGCACCUUGUAAAGUUGGCAAACCUGGACGAAAACGUAAACACUUUGCAAUCGAGAGAUGUGGUUCUUUCAGAGAUGUUGUGGGUGUGGGCCACAGCUACACUGUGGUGGGUCGGCCGUCCUUGGUCCACAAUGGAGAUAUGGGCGGGCACAGAUCCAGGACGGCUGAUGCCUGCUUCCUCAAACAGGAGAAGAGGGAAGUGGAGAACGGGAUCCCUCGAGACCCUUCGUCUGACCGAGUAGUAGACAGCUGCCAUAGUCAGAGCCUGAGCCCAUCCCUGGAGAACGGAUUGCUACCCAGCCGGGAAGAGCGGGACUCAGAGAAAGAAAAAGACGAUGGCCUGACGACGCCACGCAAGAAGCGAGGCAGACGGAAACUGGAGCGCCCAACAAAAUAUGUGGAGCACAAGGAGGAGGACGGGGUUGAUGUAGUCAAGACCGAGGGAGGUCGAGGGAGGCUGCGAGGGGGCGUUGGUUGGGAGAUCAGCCUUCGUCAGAGGCCCAUGCCCAGAAUAACCUUCCAGGCUGGUGACCCUUAUUACAUUAGCAAGCGGACCAGAGAGGAGUGGCUAGCCAAGUGGAAGAUGGAGGCAGAGAAAAAGGCAAAACUGAUGUCAGCGAUGAAUGCAAUAAAGGAUCAUGAGGAGAAUGAAACAGAGACCCAAAAAGAAGAACUCUUAAUAAUCACACACUCACCGCCGCCUUCAAAGCCGCUGCAGCCUCAGCCACCUUUGCACUCUCAGUCUUCACGUCAGUAUCAACAGCAAUCACAGCCACUGCUGCCACAGCAACAGCAGUAUCAGCCGCUGCCGCCACCACCACCACCAUCUCCUCCACCUCCACCUCUACCACAGCAACAGCCUACCGAACCUGCCUCCCCCACCAUAGCCAUGACCCCUGAACCUAUGGCAAUAAGCAACGGAGACAAAACGUCCCCAAAAUCUGCAGACACUGAGCCCGAGUAUGAGUUUGAGGACGGUCGUGGUUUUGGCAUCGGUGAACUGGUUUGGGGGAAGCUGCGAGGGUUCUCGUGGUGGCCAGGCCGCAUCGUUUCCUGGUGGAUGACGGGACGGAGCCGAGCUGCUGAGGGAACCAGAUGGGUCAUGUGGUUUGGAGAUGGGAAAUUCUCAGUGGUUUGUGUUGAGAAACUCAUGCCUUUAAGCUCAUUCAGUAAUGCCUUUCACCAACCAACCUACAACAAACAACCCAUGUACAAGAAAGCCAUCUAUGAAGUGCUACAGGUGGCUAGCAGCCGGGCAGGCAAAGCCUUCAUGGCCUGCCCUGACAGUGAUGAGACGGAAACCUCCAAAUCGGUGGAAAUUCUGAACAAGCAGAUGAUUGACUGGGCUAUGACAGGAUUUCAGCCUACUGGACCCAAGGGUUUAGAACCACCAGAAGAGGAACGUAACCCAUAUAAAGAGGUUUACACAGAAAUGUGGGUGGAACCAGAAGCAGCAGCCUAUACACCUCCCCCAGCCAAAAAGCCUCGCAAAAGCACAGCAGAGAAACCCAAGGUUAAGGACAUCAUCGAUGAAAGGACACGAGAGCGGCUUGUUUAUGAAGUGAGACAAAAGAGCCGCAGCAUUGAGGACAUCUGUAUCUCCUGCGGCGGCCUGAAUGUCUCCCUCGAGCACCCGCUGUUUGCUGGAGGAAUGUGCCAGAGCUGUAAGAAUUGCUUUCUAGAAUGUGCUUAUCAGUAUGAUGACGACGGCUACCAGUCGUACUGCACGAUCUGCUGCGGAGGGCGAGAGGUCCUCAUGUGUGGAAACAACAACUGCUGUCGGUGCUUCUGUGUGGAGUGCGUGGACCUCCUUGUGGGACCUGGAGCUGCCCACGCUGCCAUCAAAGAGGACCCAUGGAACUGUUACAUGUGUGGUCAGAAGGGCGUGUUUGGCCUGUUGGAGCGUCGCACUGACUGGCCCAGUCGACUCCAGCUUUUCUUUGCUAACAAUCAUGACCAAGAUUUUGAUCCACCAAAGCUUUACCCUCCAGUCAUGGUGGAGAAGAGGAAACCCAUUCGUGUCCUGUCGCUAUUUGAUGGCAUAGCAACAGGGUUGCUGGUGCUAAAAGAACUUGGCAUCCAAGUGGAUCGCUAUGUAGCUUCUGAAGUGUGUGAAGACUCCAUCACUGUGGGCCUCGUCCGACAUCAGGGUCGUAUCAUGUAUGUUGGCGAUGUGAGGAAUGUCACGCGCAAACAUAUACAGGAGUGGGGUCCUUUUGACCUUGUUAUCGGUGGGAGCCCUUGCAAUGACCUCUCUAUAGUCAACCCUGCUAGGAAAGGUCUUUAUGAGGGAACUGGUCGCCUGUUCUUUGAGUUCUACAGACUGCUGCACGAAGCUCGACCUAAAGAAGGAGAUGAUCGGCCUUUCUUCUGGCUCUUUGAAAAUGUCGUUGCCAUGGGUGUCAGCGAUAAAAGAGAUAUAUCUCGCUUUUUAGAGUGUAACCCAGUGAUGAUCGAUGCUAAGGAGGUGUCUGCGGCUCACCGUGCCCGCUACUUCUGGGGUAACCUUCCUGGCAUGAACAGGUUGGUGUUUGAAUGGCCUUUGAGCGCCAUGUGCUCUGACAAGCUGGACCUCCAGGACUGUUUAGAACACGGCAGAACAGCUAAGUUUGGCAAGGUGAGGACCAUCACUACCAGGUCAAAUUCCAUCAAGCAGGGUAAGGACCAGCACUUCCCCGUCUUCAUGAAUGAGAAGGAAGACAUACUGUGGUGCACUGAGAUGGAGAGAGUCUUUGGCUUCCCCGUCCAUUACACAGAUGUGUCCAACAUGAGCCGCCUGGCAAGGCAAAGGCUUCUGGGACGAUCAUGGAGCGUCCCAGUUAUCCGCCACCUGUUUGCACCCCUCAAAGAUUACUUUGCCUGUGUUUGAGCAGUAAGAACAGCCGCUGAGAACCAUUUAGGAACUCCAACUGUACGUGGCAACCAUAAAUAAGAGCCUCGAUCCUCAAAUUAUCCUUGCGAAUGAUUUGCAAGCGAAAACAUUGACGUAGAAACUUCACAUUAUUUCUUGUAUUUGAAUUGUAAUUCUUAUUCUAUUUAAGUUUGAUAUGUCAUUUUACCUUUUAGCAGUGUUAUCAAGUAUGGUUUGAUUUGUUUGAUUUUUUUUUUUUUUUGUGCAAGCUAUACUGGGAGAGUGCGCUUUCCUCUCAAGACACUGAGACAGACAAGUGCGAAAUGUGUCAUUUUUUGAAGACAGAGAGUGAGUUGCCGGGUAACAGCUGAGUGAUAGCGAGUAGUUCGGAGAGGCUGUGAGAGUCCCAUCCGCGGUGUAGCCACAUUUGCAGUUACCGAGCCUUGCGGCGGUGCAACGAGAAAGCCGGUUUUGUCAGUGUCGAGAAAGUUGCGUCUCUGAGAAUCCAAAACACCAGAUCACAAAUACCUCUUUGUUUACAGUUUCUAUAUACAACUGAAGGUAAUAAAGGUACUACUGUAAUAUGGUUACAAUACCAUGGUGCUCAAAGAUGAGGAGAAACACCACAGCCCAUGUGGCGCCGCAACUAUAUAGAGCUCAACCAAUCUGCUGUGCACUUUACUUCACAAAAAAACAACAACAAAAAAAAAAACAUGGGAGUAGUCUGCAAAAACACAACAUAACCUCUUUUCUGCGUUUUACAGCUUUUCUACAGUUUAUAAUGGUGCUCGUUCAAUCGUUCAGCCUCGCUGAGCUCAGGCUCACUGCCUUCAUGUGCACAAACAGAAAAUUCAGCGAGCCACAUGGGUAAUGGUGUUUUUUGUCAUUUAAAGAAAAAAA